AACUCGAGCACUGUGCAGCUCUGUGCUGCUGUCAGCUAUGGCCAGCAGUUCAGUCUUUGUUGUUUCUAUAGAUUUUGGCACAUCCUACAGUGGGUACUGUUUUUCCCUUGCUACAGGCACAGACCAAAUCCGCCAGGUGUUCUGGGGAAUGGAGCAUGGGUACAAGACCCCGAAGACUCCCACCUGCAUCCUGUUCAACCAGAAUCAGGAGUUCACAAAAUUUGGCUAUGAUGCUGUGAUGAAGUACAAGAGCUUGCCGUCCAGUGAAGCUCACAAGUGGUACUUCUUCCAGAACUUCAAGAUGAGCCUGUACAACAGGAAAGUCACUUCUGACAUGAGGCUGGAAGCAAGCAAUGGAAAGACCCUUCCUGCCCUGCUGGUCUUUGCUGAAAGCCUGCGCUACAUGGAGCAACAUGCCCUGAACACUAUCCAGGAGGCCUCUUUUGAUACUGUUUGUGACCCUGAGGAGAUCACCUGGGUUAUUACCGUCCCAGCCAUAUGGAGCGCAGCUGCCAGGCAGUUCAUGCGGCUGGCAGCAAAAGAGGCAGGACUUAUCUCUGACAUGCUUUCUGAGAAGUUGAUUAUUGCCCUGGAGCCAGAGGCUGCAUCGCUCUGGUGCAAACAGCUUCCACAGGAAGGGUUUCUUGCAGAGGGCAGUGACAAGAAAAAGUUUGAAGACUCACCUGGGAUCCAGUAUAUUGUUGUUGACUGUGGAGGUGGCACAAUAGACAUCACAGUACAUGAGAUCCAAGAAAACCGUUGCCUGAAGGAGUUACACAAGGCGUCUGGAGGUGGAUGGGGAGGCAACAGAGUGGAUGAAAACUUCAGUGCAUUCCUCAGGGAGAUAUUUGAUGAUGAUGUAUGGGAUGAAUAUGUGAAGAGCUACCCUACCGAAUUACAACAGAUGAUGUAUGACUUCAGUCUCCAGAAAUGCUCUGCUGGCAGGGAGGCUGUCUAUUUGCGUUGCUACUACAAUUUGACUAGACUUGCAGAAAAAAAGAAGGACAUCUCCCACUUCUUCAAAAAAGCAACAGGAGCUAUGUGGAGUGAUGGGAUGAUCAUGAUUACAUAUGAGAAAAUGAAGAGCUUUUUUGAAUAUAGUAUCAAAAAUGUUAUUGCUGCUUUGAGAGAAAUCCUUGACAAGCCUAAGGUAGCCAAGGUCCAGUACAUUUUGCUUGUGGGAGGCUUUGCAUCUAGUGCCAUCCUGAGAGAUGAGGUCAGGCAGGCUUUUAGUAAGAAGUAUCAUGUAUUUUGUCCUGUGGAGGCCCAACUUGCCAUUGCAAAAGGGGCUGUUUUAUUUGGUAUCAAUCCAAAAAUUGUCACCUCAAGAAUCAGUGCUCGGACAUAUGGUCUAAGCAUAUGUAGGGAAUUCGAUGCAGCUAUCCAUGACAUUCGUAAACGAAGAGUCUCAAAAGCUGAUGGCUAUGUCUAUUGCGAAGAUCUCUUCAAGAAAUUGGUGGAAAUUGGGGAGUCAGUGAGUAUAAAUGAAGUUGCCCAAUAUAUUUUCACACCAAUAGAACCAGAUCAGACAAGUGCAUUGUUUGCUUUCUAUUCCACAGAAAAGCAGGAUGCUCAGUACGUAGAUGAAGAAGGGCUGGAACUGCUUGGUUCCUGCACAGUACCAAUGCCAGACACAAAGUUGGGGAAGAAACGCAAACUGAAUCUGGAUAUCAAGUUUGGGCUUACUGAAUUUAAAGCCACAGCUACUGACAUGACUUCCAAACAAAGUCGGACAAUUACGAUAGAUUUUUUAUCAGUGUAAAUACUUGAGUCUUAGAGCAGCAUGGCCUAAGUGGGAGGUGCCAGCCACCACAACAGAAAGGCAAAUGGACCAUGAAAUCCAUCAUCCAUCCUUCUUCUCACACAAGUAAAACAGUUUGCAAUACUGAUUCCCUCGUUCUGUCAAUUCUGCCAUACCACCAGUAGAAUCACCUGCACCUUAUCAGUAUGUGAUACAGAGCUUCUGGACUGGUGUCUAACUUCCGCAUGUACCAGCCCAUACCCGUUUCUUUUAGCCUAAGGUCUUUCAGCCACAUCCUAGAAUCAAAAUCACAGAAUCACCAUCGAAUGGCUUGGGUUGGAGGGGACUCCAAGGAUCAUCAAGUUCCAAGUCCCCUGCCACAGGCAGGGCCACCAAUCUCCAGAUAUUGUAUUAGACCAGGUUGCCCAGAGCCCCAUCCAACCUGGUCUUGAACACCUCCAGGGACAGAGCAUCCACAGCCUCUCUGGGCAGCUAUCAGCUCUCUUUAUGAAGCUUAAUUCUGUUUUCAGGUUUCUUCAUAAAACUUAACUCUGCUGGGAGUGAUAUUAAAUGUAUUUUAGUUUUCUUCAGAAUAUCUCUUAGAAAUACAUUGUGUGCAACUAAAAGGCUCUUGGCCUAUUCAAAGACACUGUGUGAAGCAGUAAUUCAAUAAAGUCUGGGGACUUGUGUCCAAAACCUAUGGGAGUGUCAUGGUUUUAUGAUUUUUAUUAUCGGUAUUCCACAUCAUAACAUCAUGUAGUGCACUGGGAGUUAAAGAGUUAAUGCUCCAAUUCCAUGGACUGUCGAUUUUUCCGUGUACCUGGUUCUCAUAAGAGAAGAAGAACUACAUACCCCAGAACACUUUCAGUGUUCUGUUUCCGUUUUCCAUUUAGAGGGAAAGAUAAAAUACUUCAGAGUCACGAGACUGCCCCUAACUUUUGCUGCUCAUCUUUGCAGUAUGUGCUCCCUAGCUGUCUCACCUUCAGCAUUAGAGCAAGGCCGUCGAUUCUGGACGCGCUCUCUCUCAUUUUAUUUGAUUUAUUAGCUUCAAUUCCAAUUAUAUUGUACUGUAUUUUGUUAUCUUGCAUUCCACUAUCAUAUUUAGUACAUUAGUUUUCUCCCUUAGCUU